CUCUAUAUUCUACAGUUUCGUCUUUUUCUUUCAAUUGUUAAUGAGAACCCAUUAAUAUACCAAGUCUUGACCUUCUUAACCACACGUAUUUUCUCUCUUUUCUAUCAUCCCUUUUGAUCAAACCAAAUACCAAGUCUCCUCGCUCACUUUUUUCCAUUCCUCAAAACUAUAUAUCUUCUCUUUAUUACUUCACAAAUUUUCUUAUCAUAAUAAUAGAGGAAAAUGAGCAUUGAAAUAGUGGAGAGAGCUCUCAACAGCCUGGGAAAAGGCUUUGAUUUAACUUCGGAUUUUAAGCUCAAGUAUUGCAAAGGCAAAGAGAGGUUAGUUCUUCUCAAUGAAACGCAUCAAAGAGACAUUAAUCUUCCUGGUUUUGGACCCAUCAAAGAUGUUUCCAUCGAUAUCAAAUGUGACAAAGGUGAUCUUACUCGUUACCAAUCCGAUAUUCUCGAAUUCAAUAAGAUGUCAGAAUUUUUCAACCAGAAGAAUUCAAUACCAGGGAAAAUUCCAUCAGGGUAUUUCAACGCCAUGUUUAACUUGGAGAGUGGUUCAUGGGCGACUGAUGCAGCCCACACAAAGUGUUUGGGACUCGAUGGAUAUUUUAUCGCACUCUUCAAUCUUCGUAUUGAUCGCUAUCCUUUGGUUCUGUCCGAUGAAAUUCGUAAUGCGGUUCCUUCUUUUUGGGAUCCUUGUGUCCUAUCAAGAUUCAUCGAGAAAUAUGGAACCCACGUCGUUGUGGGGCUGAGUGUUGGAGGCCAAGACGUGGUGCUAGUCAAGCAAGAUAAGUCUUCGAACUUGGGGCCAUCAGAACUUAAAACACAUUUGGAUAAUCUCGGAGAUCAACUCUUCACUGGGACCUGCAGUUUCGCCCCGAAAACUAAAGAAAAAAUGCAUAAGACACCUGAAGCCUUCAAUGUAUUUGAUCCGGAACCUGUGGCCUUCAACAGCUUUUCCUCCAUAAGUUCAAAACAUGGAAUCAGUGUAAUAUGCCACAAGAGGGGAGGUGACACUUCAGCCAGUAGCCACUGUGAAUGGCUUCCAACAGUGUCAUCAAAUCCUGAUGCAAUCCAUUUCAGCUUCAUCCCCAUCACUUCUCUCCUUGAAGGGGUUCCUGGAAAAGGCUUUUUAUCGCACGCCAUCAACCUCUACCUUCGAUACAAGCCUCCUAUAGCUGAUUUGCAGUACUUUCUUGACUUCCAAUAUCACAAAAUUUGGGCUCCCGUUCACAAUGACCUUCCACUCGGUCCUUCAAAUAUGAGUACUCCUUCACCUGCUCUCCAUUUCCAUAUGAUGGGUCCAAAGCUAUAUGUAAACACUAUUCAGGUUACAUCAGAGGCGAGACCUGUCACUGGGAUGCGCUUGUAUCUCGAAGGAAAGAAAUGCAACAGGCUAGCCCUUCACCUCCAACACCUCUCAAACACCCCAACAGUGCUUGAAAACAGGAUACACGACAUGCCAUUGUGGCGAGGAUCAGAAGACAUUGCCGACCACCGAUUCAUCGAACCGAUCCAUCGAAAAAAUUUCUCUCAUAUAAGCACAGCGCCAGUUAAAUAUGAUCCCAAAUGGACAACUAGAAAAAAUGUUUCAUUCAUCGUCACUGGAGCUCAACUUUACGUACAAAAACAUGAAUCCAAGAGCGUUCUCCAUCUCCGCCUCUUAUUCUCCAAGGUUUCAAAUUCUUUUGUAGUACAAUCAAAUUGGGCACAAGGGUCAGCAGGAUUUUCCCAAAAGUCAGGUCUUUUUUCCACAAUAAGUACAUCAAUUACAGGACAUCAAGUUAAAGAGAAAACGCCAGUUGUGGUGUUGGAUUCUAGUGUUUUUCCUUCGGGGCCGCCGGUGCCGGUUCAGACUCUGAAGCUUUUGAAAUUUGUUGAUACUUCACAAUUGUGUAAAGGGCCGCAGGACAGUCCCGGCCACUGGCUGGUCACCGGAGCUCGGCUGGAGUUGGAGAAGGGGAAGAUAUGUGUUCAUGUAAAGUUCUCGUUAUUAAACAUUUGUUUAUGAGUUGAAGAUAAAGAAACGAAAGAUUGGUUUUAGUGUAAAAACAGAGUAGGCAAUCUUGGAGCUACGGUAAUUUUAUUCAUCUGUAUAUUCUUUUUGCGAUUAUAAAAUUAUAGAUGAAAAUUCAAUCGUUUUCAA